AUGGCCGGCCUCGUGUCCCGGCCGCGCCGGAGCGUGCAGAUGUACUGGGCGCGCAGGAACUACCAGCGCCUCGGCAGCGGCGGCUCGCCGUCGCGGCGCAGCGUCCGGGUGGCCCGCCUCGGCGGCGCGGCCGGGAGCAGGACGCGGGCGACGCCAGCAGGCGCCGUGCAGCGCCGUCUGCGGUGGCUGGCCGGCGUGGCCAGGCUGCGCGCGGCCGCGCUGCUGUCGCCGGUGCGGCUGCUCGCGAGGCUGCGGGACGCGUACGUCGACGCGAUGCUGGCGCUGGCCGGGGGCGCCGGGCGGCCGUGCGCGGCGCUGGCGACGAAGCCCCGGGAGCAGGGCGAGCUGUGGGCGAAGCGGGUGCCCCGGGCGCGGUCGACCGCCGGCGGCGGCGACUUCGAGCGGCGGAUGAUGGCGCACAUCUACAGCGCGCUCGUCACGCCGGAGCUGCCGGGCGCCGCGCACGGCACGGCCUGA